AUGUCCUACUCUCGGCCAUGCUCGGCCAAGCAGUCUUCCAAGAACAUCCAGACCCUCGGAAAGCAAAGCCGCUGGCAACAAGCCCUGGAUGUGCUUCGUGGCCUCUCGAAGCAAGGCUCGUUGCCCAACGUUUUUACUUACUCAGCUGCGAUUGGUGCUGCAGGGCGAGGCAAGCAGUGGAGGAGUGCUCUUGGUCUUCUCCUCUGCAUGUGCCAGGAAGCUGUACUCCCGGACAUGUUCAUCUGGAGUGGCCUCCUUGCCACUUGUGAGCCCUUGGGCUGGGAGGGAAGUCUCCAACUCUUCACCUCAGCGGCCGCAGUCAGCACGGUCGUUUGUAACACGGCCAUGAAUGGCUUCUCCAGGCAUUGGCCGCUUACUUUGGCCCUGGCAGCGACCAUGAGCAGCUCAACUCUUCAGCCGGACAUCACCACUCUGAACACCGCCCUCACGGCUCAAGUCAAAGGAGGCCGAUGGCUGCAAGCAGUUGAGAUGCUGUUACAGUCGCACACUUCCGGCGAGAUUCCACCUGACAUUGUCUCUGUGAAUGCGCUUCUUGCGAUUUGCCCCAACGAUCUGGACUGGCGCUGGGCUUUGCAUCUGCUGACUUGGGCGAAAAUGCGGCUCCUGCAGCCGGACGUCAUCAGCUAUUCCUCCAGCAUCAGUGCCGCAGCGAACGAUGCCCGCUGGACACUGGCUCUGGCCCUUUUGCGGGAAGCCAUUAUGAAGAAUGUGCUCCCCGACCUCGUCAUGCUCAAUGCGGCCAUCUCCGCUUGUGAGAAGGGCUUCCAGUGGGAGAGGGCGCUCGGGCUUCUAGCGGAAGUAGAUCGUGCGCACCUUCCGCCUGAUGUCAUCAGCUUUGGAGCCGUGGCGACUGCCUGCGAGAAGGGCGGGCAUUGGGAGGGUGCCUGGUCACUGCUGGCGACCAUGCGGUCACGAAGCAUCACACCGGAUACAGUUGUCUGCAAUGCCAUCAUCGGCGCUUUAGAGAAGGGGAGCUGCUGGAAGAUGGCGCUGCAACUGCUGAACUCAAUGAAGCAACGAGGGCCAACUCCUGAUAUGGUCUCGUAUGUUGCCACCAUGGCUGCCUGUGACAAGGCCCAACAAUGGGAGCACGCCUUGCUCUUGCUGGAUGAGGUCCGUCAAUCCUCGCAUGUCUCCACUAUCCAGGUUGCCUUCAACAUCUGCAUCAGUGCAUGUGAGAGGAGUCGGGAGGCCAAAGCAGCCCUGGUGCUGUUUGACGAGAUGUGCGACGCCGCCCUGCAUCCGGAUCGCCAUAGUUUCAACUCGGCUCUUCGGGCCUGUCAGGUGGCCGGAGCCUGGCGGCGGGCCUUGCGUCUCCUCCUGAGAGCCGAGGAUGGCUCUGGCCAGGACCUGACGGGAAUUGCAGCCGUGACUGGGGGCAAGAUGGACAAGCUCCGCAAGAAGUACCCUGAACAUGUGCCGGUUAUUUGUAUGCACAGCAGGGAUGCCAAGAAGCACCAAAAGCUCAUUGUGCCCUUUCAGACAACAAGUGCAGCGUUCCAGACGAUAGCUCGUGAAAAGUGCCCGUGGGCCGUGCAAGGCGGCGAAGUCUUGCUAUGCAACAAGGGCAAGAUUACCGAUACCAUGGAGGUGCCUGCACAGAAGACCCUGCAGCAGCUGGAUUCUGAGUAUAGGGCACCAGACGGAGGGAUUUAUUUCACGGUGGAAGCCGCGAAGGAUGAUGUGCAGGAAGCACCAACAGGGCCCCAAGAAUUUAAGAUGGACGAGAGUGUCCCGCAGCAGGAGAAUGUCGCGCAGGGGAAUGGCACGCAGGAGAAUGGUGCGCAGGAGAAGAAGAAGAAAGCAAAGGCCAAGGCAAAGGCGGCGGUGUCAGAGGACCGCAAGGAGGACGACAUCCUUGAAAGAACCAGGCGAAUUCGCAAGAAGCACCCCGACCGUGUUCCAGUUCUCAUCAAUCAAGCAGCGGUGCCAGGAUUGCCUGCGCUUGACAAGAAGCUUCUGCUUCCUGAUUCCAUGACCUGCAGAGACUUGCGAAAGAUUCUUCCGAAACACAUAGGCCUCGCAGACUUGGACCUGGAUUGGAGCAAAGUGAUCCUCCAGCUGGCGGGGCAGGCCAUUGGGGAGGAUAUCGAGGAACACGAGCUUGUGUCAGCCGUCUACACGCGGUGCGUCGCCUCAGACGACGAAGGAAUCAUGCUCUCUUUGGAGCUACGGGGCCAGCUGGAUGUAGGUGCUGGCGAAAUGCCAGAGCUCCAGCCGCUCCAAGAUGCACUCAGCUUCUCACCACCUUCAGCGGAGGAGCUGCGAGUUCUGGAGCUCCAGCUGCAGGAAGUCAACGUUGCUUUCGAAGAGGCCAAGAAGUCGCAGCAGCUCGUCACAGCCAAAUUGGCUGAACAGGAGGAGCGCGCAUGGGCAGCAGAAGAGAGGGCGCUGAAAGCCGACCAGGAGCUUGCGAUGCGAUGCCAAGCGCAACGACAGGAAGCCGAGGCUUUCCAGAGUCAGGUCUCGCAGGCCCAGGAGGCUCGCGAAGCUUUGGAGGCGCAGGUGAUCAGCGGAAAGGAGGAGAUCGAAGCCCUGCGUCGGACGGUUGAGUCCUUGGAAGACGACCUUUACAGCGCACUCCAGAGCUCUAAGCGGGACGCCGGCAUCAUCGGGGAGCUGCAGAAGAGCAUUAAGAAGUCGCAGGAGGCUUUGACGGUUGAAGCCCAGAAGAGCUGUGCUGCACAGGAGAAGCUUAGCAAGCUUGAAGAGAAGCUACAGGAAGCAGCUGACAAGGAAGUCUCGUCUAUGAAGAUGUAUGCCGUCCAAGAGAAGGAGUAUCAGGACAAAAUUCGCGAGCUUGAAGAUUCGCUUCGCAAAGUGUCCCAGAAGCUUGUCGAAGUUGAAGAGGAGAAAGCACAAGUUGCAAGAGAGGCCCAGAAGCAGCAGAACCCCCAGGAAGAAGUCAAGAAGUAUAAGGACGCAGUCGUCAUCUUGAAGGACACACUCUCCCGCAAAGAGGAAGAGAUCACCAAGAAAGAUGCCCAAGUCGAGAAAACCAAGGCGGUCCUCAAAGAAGUUGAGGCAGAGAACCGACGCUUGCAAGGCGAGCUCGAGACGGCAGGAACGAACAAUCUUCGUCUCCAAGAGGAGGUCGGGAAGCUCAAGGCUUGUGAACAGGCGCCAAAGCUGAAGGCUGAGGUGGAGGAAGAUUUCGUGAAGCUCGGCUGGGACAGUGAAGGUAAAGUGGAAGAAGUCACAGACUUCGGCUUCCAGAAGGUGGACAGUGCUUGA